AUGACUGGUACCGAUGACUCAUCCGGCAAGACCAGAAGGCUGUCCCCCGACGAACGUCCAACCUUCGUCGACACUUGGAAAGACAUGGAGAAACUCCUCGACUCAGGUAUUCAGAUCACCGCGUCUCAUACCACGGCCUUCAUCUUCAUUCAGCUGCCUUCAGGCAAAGUCAAGACCAUUGGAGUGUCCAACUUCUCCGUCAAGACUCUCACCGAACUAUUGCCUCACUGCACCGUCAUACCAGCGACCAACCAAGUGCAGUUGCAUCCGUGCCUCCCUCAAGUGGAAUUAAAAGCUUUCUGUGAGGAGAAAGGAAUUCUUCUCACUGCGUAUACCCCCUUAGGCCGGGCUGAGUCAAAGGUCUUACUGGAGCACAAAACGAUAAUUGACAUCACCAAAUCCCUCGGUGUUACACCCGCUCAGGUACAGCCUUUAUUGUUAUUCAAGUCCUUGAGCUGGUCCGUCCAGAGAAACAUCAUUGUCGUCCCGAAGAGUGAAGAUGACCAGCGAAUGCAAGCUAACAUCAGCGUGAGUGAAGCCGUAGAAAGACCUUAUACUCUAAGAGCCGACAAGAACGAUCAACCCCCAGCUUGUCCAUUUAUCCGACGAGCAUAUCAAACGAAUCAACAGGAUACAUGA